GCUGAGUUUUGUGACGACUGUGUUCGUAUCAUCCAACACUCACUGUCGUCUGAAACAGAACAGUCGUACAACCUGAAGCGAAAUAAUCGCACGUCUUGCGCCAUCUUCCUGAAGAAUAUGAAUAAGAUGUUCCCCUGGUACCAAGUGGAAACGUCCAAGUCAUGGGAGCAGAACCAGAAGUACCCUGAUGGUAUGUUGUCCCAAGCUGUACUACCACCACACAGUGAUCAUGAAUACGCACAGUGGAUGCAGAGGAAACACCCAUUGCCUGGAGUGGUACAGCCCUCCCCUCUUAAACGACUCCCCUUCUCGCCCACGAGUAGGGCCCCAGCUAGAAUCAUCGGAGGAAGUGCUCAAGUGACCCCCUUGAUGGAGCCCAAUACAGAUGAUACCAGACGAUGCUGUUUAUGCGGGAGAUUCUCAGAUGAAGAUCCUAACGGUGGGGGAAGGUUGCUCUACUGCGGACAGGAUGAGUGGAUACACAUCAACUGCGGUCUGUGGUCGGCGGAGGUAUUUGAAGAAAUGGACGGAUCGUUAGUCAACGUUCACGCUGCAAUCUGGAGAGGCAGGCAGCUGCGUUGCGAGAACUGCAACAAGUUUGGAGCGACAGUCGGCUGCUGCCAGCGAGGGUGUCCUGCCAAUUUCCACUUCAUGUGUGCUCGGGAGAUUAAAUGCGUCUUCCAGGAGGACAAGAAAGUCUUCUGCAACACGCAUCGUGAUAAAGUGGAUCGAGAUAUCAUCCAAGAUGGUAACUUCGCCGUGCUGCGUCGUGUCUGCGUCAGCCUAGACAACAUGAAACUCAAUCGUAACUUCACUCAGGGACUUGAAGUCAGUCGUAUCAAUGUCAUGGUUGGGUCGUUGACUGUGGAUGACCUAGGUCGUCUCGGUCCCUCCUCGGACCAACAGGAUGCCCUGUAUCCUCUAGAGUUCAGGUGUCAGCGAGUCUACUGGAGUACCUUUGACGCACAACGGCGCUGUGUCUACACGAUCCGCAUCUAUGAAUGCAGUGUCAGCACCCCAAAGUCGCCCCUCGAUGUCAACCACACCACAGCCCACAGUCCGGGCGCCCUCCAUAAAAGGAAGUCUCGUUCAAUCACGGAGCUCCCGAACGACAUGCCGAGCAUUCCUGAGGAAGAUGAAGGGAUGCAACUCCGAGGCAAGGAGGCGGGAGUUGAGAUGAUUGACGGUGUCUUUGAAUUAUCUCUCGACAGUACAGGAUUAGAGUCAUUGCUGGAUCCAGAGACUCUCCUACAGUGUGAGGCGGAUCUAAGAGAAGGUUGCAUCGAUCCGGAGAUGGCUCUUAAUGCGGCCUUCGAACAGAUUAACUCAGAAAUUGCCAUGGAGAUCGGAGAGUAUGAUCUUUCGCUUAAAGAUCAGCCUCCUAUGUUAGACCAAGCUCUGAUGGAUUACCCUGAUGAUAGGACUCCAGUGGUAAAUUAAAACAAAAGCUGCCCUUCGUUCGGACUUCAGAGUCAAGACCCGGCAUUCCAAUCUACUGUCGGCGAUGUUAGACUUACCCAGUCUUGGCCGAUACCGCCGUCUAACACGUCUGGUCUUUCGGAGAAAACACUAAAGAGUUUGCCUCGUGCCCUUGCCAACCCGAGCUUGACCAUGGUAAAUCUGGCUCAUGAUAAUGACCUCUCAUCUGAUCUGAGUCGGAUGGUCAUGAGCUUGAAUAACGCUGCCCAGAGCGGCCGAACCGAGGAGAUGACAAGAAGAUCUUCCCAAGACAGUAGUGUGUCGUCAGAGACUGUUCCUUCAGGAGCUGCUGCUCAACUUGGCCAUGUUGAAGCUGUAUGCUCCCAGGAAGGGCAACCCAAAGACAUUGUAGGUUUCUCACAAGUUGGUGGAGCAGCAAAGAUGGCAAUUCCAAGCUCUGAAUCUGGAGUUGGUGCCACAUUCUCAACAGGCUUCUCUGUGAGGUCAAUGGGACCUCAACAGGCUCUCCUGAGAGGUCAACGGGCGAAGCAUCAACUGGGGCUACAGCAAUUUUCGACUCUACCACACAAAACUCUGAGUUAA